AUGCAGGAACACCAGAAAAUCCUUUUACAACAAACAUUAAGCAAAAGCAACAGUGAAAAUAAAAACUUUGAUGGUGAAGAUGCAGGAGAGAAAUUCUUUGUUGGUAAAGAAGACAAUUAUGAUUGGAUAGCUUGUGCAGGAAUGCUUGAAACAAUUAUUAACAGCUUUCAAGAAUGUAAUGCUUUAUUAACAAAACUUAAGACAGAAAUAUCUCCAAACCCUAUAUCUUUUUUAGUUAAUACAUCUGAGAUUGUGUCUUCUUUAAGGAUAAAAUCAGAAAAGUAUAUAGAAAUUACAGAAAAAGUUAUAAAUAAUUUAUUAAAGCCUUUACCAGAAAGAGAGAAUGAUAAUAUUAUAGAUCAUUUUCUUGAACAUGAUCCUGGAAAGAGAAAACGAGUUGAAUCGUUAUCACAAAGAAAGUAUCUUCUUAGUCUAGGACCCUGUCAACCUAAGCUAGCCAAAUACCCUAAGAAUUCCGAUAUUUCACCAAAAAAGCAAAAUCAGUUCACUUCAGUAUGGUUUACUGAAUAUCCUCAUUUGGAAUAUAGUAUAGUAAACGAUGCUGUUUAUUGUUUUAUUUGCACAUUAUUUCCUAAAGGUCCAAAUAGGCAAUUUGCURAUCCAGCUUGGGUUGAAAAUGGUGUUAGAGCCUGGAGUAAAAUGAAAAGCCGAGGUAAGCAAAAACCUGGAAAAUUAACUCAACAUUUUACUUCGUUAUCUCAUAAAUCUGCAUUAGAUGAUUUUAGCAACUUUUUAAAUAGUUCUAAUCAUAUUGACUGCUUGUUGAAUAAAUCAAAUCGUUUUCAAGCAAUUGAGCUGGACCAUAAAAAACGUUUUCAUCAGGACAUUUUAUGUAUGUUAUUUGAUAUAACUCGUACUCUAGCUCGACAAGGUUUGGCAUAUAGAGGAGACGGAGAUGAACAAAAUAGUAAUUUUAAUCAAAUUGUUUUGCUAUUAUCUCGGCAUUCACCGGUGAUGAAAAGRUGGUUGGAGGAAAAAUCGUUUCGAAAUCAUAAAACUACAUACCUUAGUCAUGAUUCUCAAAACGAAUUUAUUAAGUUAUUAGCUGAUGAUGUAAAGAAAACAAUUAUAAAAGAUGUCACACAUGCUGGUAUAUACUCUGUUAUGGCAGAUACUACCCCGGAUAUUUCACGAAGUGAUCAAUURUCAGUUUGUGUACGUUACAUAGAUUCAUUAGGGGAUGUAUCAGAAAGGCUAUUAGAUGUAUGCCAGGCAAAAGAUAAAACUGGAUUAGGUGUUGCGGAAAAAAUUUAUGAAGUUUUGGUUGAAAAUAGUUUACCUGUAGAUAAUAUUGCUUUUCAAUCUUAUGAUUAUGCUAGUAGUAUGUCAGGUAGAAUAAAUGGAACACAACAAAAAUUAUCAGAACUAGCUGGCCAUAUGAUUCCUUUCAUACCAUGUCAAGCUCAUAGAUUAAACACCUUUCUUGAGCAUAGUUGUGAUGCUAGUAUUUUAAUAUGCGAUCUUUUUUCUACACUUGAAAAUCUAUACGUUUUUUUCUCGGCUAGCACCAAAAGACACAUUCACCUUAAGUCAAAAUUAGCCACCAUAGAAAAUUCAUUACAACUCCGUAWUCUUUCAAAAACUAGAUGGACAGCGCGUGCGGAAUCUAUAAAAGYUGUGUGGKUUUCAUUUGAAAUAAUAAUUGAAACUUUACAGGAGAUAAUUAAUUUGCAUAACAUGGACAAAAAUACACGAAAUCAAGCACUAGGACUUGUAAAAAAAMUUCUUUCAUUUGACUUCGUUGUUUCCUUAUUUUUCAUGAAAAAUAUAAUGUACAAGACCAAAAUAUUAACGGAAAAACUUGAAGCUACUGAAUUGAACAUACUUGAUGCUUUAAUGUUGAUUGAUUAUUCAAUAAGUAGCUUAAAUGAAAUGAACAGCGAUGAUACAGCAACGAACAACCUAGUAAGCAGUGCAAUAACAUUUUCUGAACAGUUAGGUAUUGAUCCAGUGUCAGAUUUUAAUCGCCAUCAUCGAAAAAGACUUUUGCCAAAAAGAAUUGACCAAAAUCCAAACACACAGUGUUCGAUUGAUUUACCUACUUUUUAUCGAGUAGAAUUUAAAAAAGUUCUAAAUACUUUGAUUGUUUUAUURAAUGAACAUCUAAAAAAAUCUUUGGUGACAUUUGAACCAAUGAUUACUUUGUUUAAAAUGCCAUGGAAACAAAUUUGUUCAACAGAAAAUGUAAAAAAAGUAAUCGAACUAUUUCCACCGGGAUGCAAAGAUUUUAAAAUUAAUGACUAUGACGGAGUGAUUGCCGAAUUGAAAGUUUUAGAUCAUCAGUGUAACGUGAAAAAAUUGGAUAGCUUGACAAAAAUAUUUAAAUUAUCUGAAGAUUGUAAAACUUGUUUGCCAACUGCAAACAAGCUAUGCAGGCUAGUACUUASAGCUCCCGGGUUUUUGUGGAAGGGUGAAAAACAUUCUAAACAAAGUGCAAUAUCACACAUUUUGCAAAUGAUGUUUGAACGUUUCUGUGUCUCUUUAGAACUACAAUAUCCACAGCGACGAUAUGUUCCUUUGAUUGGUAAAUGA